UAAUACGAUACGAAUAUUUUUACACCUGUCACCAUAGUUACUGUGUAUAAAUGGCGGCGCCCUGUGCAUUUACAUAGGAAAUCUAUUAUACGCUUUUGUAUUUCUUCGACUGUGUACCAGCAUGCCAGGGGAAAAAAAGAAAGAGAAGAAAAAAGACGAUGGUACACCAGAGAAGAUAACUGGCAUCUAUGUCUUCCCUAAUGGCGAUAAAUACGAGGGUGAAUAUAUUCAAAGUGCAGGUGGGUCUUUAGAGCGCAAUGGAUUUGGAACUCACACCACCACUGAUGGCGUGGUGUACGAGGGUGACUGGGUGUCUGAUAAGAUGACUGGACGAGGAAAACUGACCCAUCCGUCAGGAGCCGUGUAUGAAGGGGAGUUUCUCAACAACAAGUUUAAUGGACAGGGCAAAUACGUCUGGCCAAAUGGUUCUUUUUAUGAAGGGCAGUUUGUUGACAACAGAUUGCAAGGUGAUGGUCAGUUUACCGACACAGACAUCCAGAAAUGGACAGGAACGUUUCGAUACAGAGCGGCACCCGGACUGAGAUUUAAACUUGAUAUGGAAUGAAGCGGUCAACUGAACGACAGUAACAGUUGAUAUCUGGACAUUCAAUGUCAAGAAAGAAAUUGUUAUACUGCUACAGGAACUAUUGUAAAUAGAUUCACUUUUAUACAUGUAUAUAUAGAAAUGUAUAUAAGAAGUUGUUAUAUGUGGAGUAGAAUGUACAGUGUGUUGAAUCAUGUGAAAUUCAGUGUUAGUCAAAAUAAAAGGCAACUUUACUCGGUAAAGAA